AUGUCGGCUCAAGAAUUUUAUGAAACAUUACAAAAGUAUCAAUCGGGUCCAUUUCGAGUGGAAAAUUUGGAUCGCUUAACACUGACAAAUCGCAAGAUACCGACUUAUUAUCGGAUUCGUACCAUUGGCAAUCAUAUUCGCAUUAUGUACUGGUGGUUUUAUGGCUAUCAGUAUCCAUGUUUCUUAAAUCAAGGUGCGCACAAUGGAGAUUGGGAACAUGUAAUGGUGAUCUUGACAGAAGACCGUACUGCUGUGGCUGCUGUCAGCUUUUAUCAGCAUAGUGGACACUACACUCGAAUUGCUGGCCCACGCGAUGCUCCGUGUGCCCCAGCCGGUGCUGGACGUUGCUCGGGCUCUUUUGGUUUUGAAAGAAGUGGUACUCAUCCAGUCGUAUAUUCUGGCAAAAUUGCGCACGGUUCUUAUCACGAUAAAAAGAUCGUUGGCCUUCCUGGGCCCACCGAGUGUGCGUACUUCGGCGAUUUUCGUAAUCCGAAAUCGAUUGAUGACUAUUUGCAAAGCUGGAAUAAUCUAAUCGAUCUCGAUGGUGAUGAAGAGGCUUGGAUCAUCGCGGAUAGAACUGCCAACUGGGCAUGGGGGCCAGGAGGUAUCACUAACCAUCCAACUAAACGUUUUCCGGAUGAUGCCGAACAUUCUGUUGCCUGUACAGGAAACGUCAACCUUGGUGUGGCUGACGCAGCUUGUUAUCAAUCAGAAUGCCUAUCAGGCGAUGAGGAGACUACCAGCAACUGCGUGAAAGAAUGGAAUCCCAAAUUGAAAGUCUAUCAUCGCAUGGCGAAGACAAAUGCAUACAUGUAUAACUACAUACUGCCACAUCAAGAUGCCGGCUUGAUCCGUCGUCGUAAUCAUGAAAAUGAAUGGAACCUACCAUAA